UAAGAGACAGAUGCCUUGAAUAUCCUGCAUCUGAAUCAAACUUGCAGAUCUCAAGCAGCACGGACGUUGGUUUGACCUCCUUGGAUUUAUCAUUGCAUUUUUUCGUGGAUUUUUUGAAAGAUCAAUACGAUGUCAGGAUUUGAAAUUGAUUCGUUAACCAAGCACCAAAUUAGACGAAUGACCAGAGACGAAUUAGUCGUCUUACUUUUGGAUUGGUUAGAAAGACUGAAAGGCAGAUCUGCAUCACUCAUUAAGCAGAACAAACUGGAGGAGGAAUUGGCAAAAGCUCAAGAACAAAUUGGGCUUCAAAAUGAAAAGAUUAUUUCUCUUACUAAAGAGUUAAAUGUGUCCCUAAAGAAGAGCAAAGAUUUGGAGUAUCAGACGAUCCCGAAAUUAAAACAGGAAAUUGAGAACUGGACGUCGCACAGAAAUAAGUUAUCGUCUGAGGUACAGAGUUACCAGCAUAAGGUGAAAGAACUUCAAAACUCCGUCAAAAACCUUGAAAGAAAAACAAAACAGCAAGAAGAAAAAUUAGAAGAACAGAGACAAGUAUGUCAAGUCUCAGAAACCAUCGUGAAGCGAGAACAACAUGCAAGUGAGGUGGAGAGACUGAAAGCUGAGUUGUCCAGAAAGGUUAAUGAUAUUGGAGUGAAGAACAUUGAAAUAAAGAAAGAAAGAGAGAGGUCCAGACUGCUUGAGGCCAAAAUCAAAGCUCUGGAAAGGACUUUGAGUGAGGCACAGAAGGAAAACAAAGACCUUGUCAAGAAAAUGGCAAAAACGCCGAUGGAGGAAGCGAUCGAAAAAACAAGGAUCGCUUUUGAAGCUAGACUUGAUUUCGACACGUUGGCCAAGGAAAAGCAAAAAAGCAGGGCUUUACAGGAUUGUCUGACAAGGAAAGAUCGGCAAUUGAAUAAACUCCUGGAAGACCAAUCCAAGAAACGAUCCACAUUCUCAGAUCUCACAAAAGAGGCUCAGGAUAUCAUAAAAAUACUAGAACAAAGAUCACACACAACUGCAAGCUGUCGUAGAGAAACACAGACAAGAACCAUGCAGGAGACAGCACCCAAAGAUUUGGUGGAACCGUCCCACACUAAAACGGCAGAGCUGGUUGCAGUGUACGAAGAGCAGGAUCCACACAAUGGAGGGGACGGAACCAGCGCCAGCUCCACGGGAACGCACAGCCCAGAACUGUUUGCCAGCGAGAUGAAUUCAGCGUCAGCAUUCCAGCCCUACCAAGCUGCAAGCGAGAUCGAGGUCACAACAUCUGCUCUGCGAUCAAGCAUGUCGCUGAAUGUCCGUCGAGGCAGCGAUCCCUCAUUGGCUGACCUACCUCCAGGUGAGGCUCUGGUUGGUCAAGACGAACCGUCAAGAAAGAACCCGACUCACUGGUCCACAACUGCUGGUUUCCAGAAGUACAACAACAAGCCAAACCCUCGGGGCGCCACAAGCACCCUGGAACAACAGGGCCGGGAAGCCCAAGCCUAUCGGAGUCUUCCUCGUGACGCGAGUGGCUGGACUGCUCAGUUUCACAGAGACAUGCUUCGCUCUUCCCUUAGUGCCAACCAUCCUAUGGUUGACCAGUGGCUUGACCAGCAGGAACAGGAGGAGGAAGAAGCAGAGCAAAGAAAAUACGAAAGGAGGAUUGAGCGAAUCGAGCCUGUAGGGAGUGCCGACUCUUCACUGGACCGUUCACCUGUGUUAAGUCUUGAAAGCAUGCUCAAGCCGGUCGAAGUGUCCAAUGAAGGAGGGCCCCUGGGGAUCCACGUAGUUUCUUUCAGUUCACAUGACGUUAGGACUCAGGGCUUGCUGGUGAAGCGCUUGGAGCCCGGAGGAAAAGCUGAGCACGAGCGUCUCUUCCAGGAAAACGACUGCAUCGUCAGGAUUAAUCGGGGAGACAUUCGCAACCUGCGCUUCGAACAAGCUCAGAACAUUUUCCGGCAGGCGAUGGGUUGCCCCGUCAUUCUUUUCCAUGUGGUUCCUGCCUCCAUGAAGAGACAGUAUGAAGUCCUUUCGGCCCAGAGCGAGCUCAGUUCACCCCAGUCAACCAGGGUCCGCUUUAGCCAAGACUCCCAGCAUCCAGGGGACCGGUCGAGUCUGGAUGCAGGGACGGCGUCCAGAUCCAGGCAACAAGAGGCCGUCAACCACGAUCACCAAGGUCCUCUGGCAGGAAGCACCCCAGAACCAAGUCGGCGGUAUGCCACCUUACCCCAUGCCGUACCUCACCUCGUCAUCUCUAGGACCCCCUCAGCGCCUUCCCCCUCCCUGCAGCGCAGAAUAAGCACAACUCCGUCCAACAGCUCCUACCUAAAGAAAAAAGGACGCAGCUUCAACAUCCAGCUGAAGAAAGGUCCAGAGGGUCUCGGGUUCAGUAUCACCUCCAGAGACGUCCCUAUUGGAGGAAGUGCUCCCAUUUACAUCAAGAACAUCCUCCCUCGAGGCGCUGCCAUCCAAGAUGGACGACUGAAAGCUGGAGACCGGCUGUUGGAGGUCAGUGGAGUAGACCUGAAUGGAAAGAGCCAGGAGGAAGUGGUAGCCCUGCUUCGAGCCACACCCAUGGACGGGACGGUGAACCUGUUGGUGCUUCGUCAGGAGGACCUACUUCUGCCACGAGAAGUGAAACAGGACAAUGACACAGUGCUAACCCCGGAUGGAACACGUGAGUUUCUGACGUUUGAGGUCCCGCUGAAUGACUCGGGCUCUGCUGGCUUGGGGGUCAGCGUUAAGGGGAACCGCUCCAAGGAGAACCAUGCUGAUCUGGGCAUCUUUGUGAAAUCCAUAAUUCAUGGAGGUGCUGCUAGCAAGGACGGACGUCUUCGAGUCAAUGACCAACUCAUUGCAGUCAAUGGGGAGUCGCUACUCGGGAUGACCAAUCAGGAUGCCAUGGAGGCGCUUCGGAAGUCCAUGUCAGUAGAGGGCAACAAACGUGGGAUGAUUCAGGUCAUCGUGGCCCGGCGGUUGAUUAAGGACAGUGAGGACAGUUCAGGAAUGUUGGAGCUUCCUGUGCACGCGCCUUUGGACGACGAUGAAGAUCAGCUCUCUCAGUCACUCUACGAAACGAUUGACUCCCCGGACAACAUGCCUGCACCACGCCCUAACAUACUUGCACGCAACGAACCGUUCACAUAUCCACGUUCAGAGGCUGAAGGUGAUUGCAUCAGCGCGAGGGACGACAGAGCGUGGCAAGAGGCAAUCCCCUCCUCCCUUCUCGGGAAUUCAGGAGGUUCUUGAGAAAUAGCUAAACAGGUGUUGCCCUCCUGCCCUUCGCCCGCCCGCUCUCCUGUUUCAUUUCCAUCCACUCUCUUCCAACUCCCCCAAGAGCGAUGCCACUCUGCCACUGAUCAUGGAAGAUCAGACACUGAGUCAGAGGCAACCGACGGUUAAUUAAGACUCCAGAUCAAUAAGGUUUGCUCCUGACACUUUACCUCCAUCUGAGCCCCAUCUCUCUCUCUCUCUUGCUUUCUUUCUUUCUCCAUUUUUCCUCUCCUUUCUUUGUUCUGUUACUAAAAUUAUCUAAGUUUUAUUUAUUUAUUUUUUUGGUUUUACACAGCUAUGUUUAUUUACUCCUCUGGCUUUUCAAAAUGAUGUUCUGAUCAGCUAUAAUUAGGGGUUGCUAUAAAGAAAAAAAAAAUGUUUUCUUUUCAUACCCCAUUGAAGCUUCAAGGGCAUCUGUCUCUGCAGAGUAGAUGUCAAAAGAGGCGAGUGGAAAAGUUUUGGGGAUGUGGGCGGAGCGGCUGCCAAUGCGGUAAGCUAUCACAGCUGAAGCUCGGCUCUCUCAGAUCUCCGACGUGUCUGUCUCGUCUCGCUGUAGGAAAACGUCGGGAUAUUUUCCCUCCACGUCUUCGGUCUGCCUCCCGAGUUAUUCCGUUAUUAACCUGCGUCGAGGUUCUUUGACAGGUCUUCAUCUUUUAAACUGACACACUUCUCCUGUGUGCAGCAAAGGUUGGGUUUGUAUUUAUAGAUUUGACACACGGGUGAUAUUCAGCAGCUGCAGUCUAAUUGGUGGAUUUUCCUGUUUUUAUCCAGCCGAUUGGUUGGACCUUCCUUGACUUAAUUUGAGGUGCCGUUUAUUUUGCAAUUCCUGUGUUAUUCAGAUAUAUAUUCCUUCUAGAACUUUGACAACCAAUGCUUCUUAACAAUGUUCUGCACUUUCUUAUGAGUGCACAGAAUUUUGAACUUUGUUGAACUUAAAAUGAAAGAAGUGGCGUUUUGACUCUGAAGGCCAAAUAUUCCUCUUUGGCUUUUGUUCUUAUGAUAGAAGAAAUCAGUAUCAUAUUUAGUUCAGUUUUCAAUGUUGCAAAAAGCACAGCAGAAGGUUGACUGUACUGAUAAUUUUUUUUUUUUUUGUCGUACAACAAAUGGCAAUCUUUUUUUUUUUUUUGUCACAUUUGAAUUAACCGUUUUAGUUUUUUAAUAGAACAUUUUGAAGUGAUAGAGUAUGGUGUUUGAGAGUAGAAAUAUUUAGAGAAAUUGACUUUUGAGUACAAUUGAUCAAAUUUCAAACAUUUCUCAUGUAAGUGCCAAAGGCUUUAAAAAUGUCACGUUAUUAGAAGGGAAUUCUACAUGUUGCAUGCAGAAAUGCUGCAUUUUUCCUUGAGGUACUGAAUAUAUCCGCACAUCUGCCCAAGCGUGCGCACGUUUGAGAGAUUUUUUUCAUUUUUGUAUCGUGAAGUCUUGUAAGUCAUACUUUUAAACUUGUGCAUUGAAAUCCCUUGUCGGGGUCUGGAGCAUCCAUAAUGCGUCUGCAUACACAUCAGAAAGUAUGUAGUUGUAUCUGUAUAUAUCAACAUCUAUUAUUCCUUUAAUUCUGACAAAGUUCCUGGCACAACUGGAAAAAAAACCAAUGUUGUGUGAUGCUGAAAUAUUUUCAUACCUGAAAGUCCAGUAGAUUCAGUUCAAUUGGGGACCAAUAUUGUGAUGUUACAUUUUCAGCCGGUGUGUUUUGCUUUCACACUGCACUGUGGAACCAUCCAAACUAUUGAAAAACCUGUUCACCCAGUCGCCUGUGGUGGCGCUGCACCAUGAACUACUGAAGGAAAUGGCAUGAAAGCCUCUGAAGAAGACAUGAGAAAUCAGUAUCAUAUUUUCUUCUCUACAAAAUGUAAACCCAAAUAGAGUAGCAUCCGAUUUUAGCGGUUAAAGGGUUUCUCUUUUGUUUUUGGUAAAAGACCACGAGCCAUUUCUCCAACUAUCACUAGUUUGUUUUGGUUGUAUUUACCCAGAAUGCCAUGCGCUGCAGUUCACUUCGCUUGACACUGAACUGCGACAGAGUUCACUUUAACCAAGCCGGUUCCUAGGUGGUUAGAUAAAGCAAGAGUUCACUUUUUUGGUCCGUAUCAGAGUUCAAUUAUGUAUUCUCACCUUCUCAAAUGAACUGGAUUUUAUCUUCAAACAAAGUAGAGCUUCAUUAAAGUGGACUAAGCGAAGCUGGUUUGGAUGCACCUUUAGUCUCAUCUAACCUCCAUUACCUCCUUCUGCAUUUGUUGAAAUUGAAGUUUUGCUGAGCUUCAAUUGUUGCUUAUUCUUUGUUGAAACAAUGACUACUUUCCAUAAAGAAACAAUAGAAGUAGUUUCAUCAACCCAGAGUCAGAAAUCUGACCGUCUCUUUUGUCCAUUUUAACAUUUUGAAGCAUCAUUGGAGUAUUUUUUUCUGCCUCUCUAAUAAAUGACAUUUUCUUGUACCAAGGUUAGUUGUUCUGUUGUUAUGACAUUCGCCAAAGCGUCAUAUUCAUUCAGAGAGUGCCUUGAGGGAUAGGCAGAAUAUCCUACCGAGUCAACCUUGGUCUUGAUUUGUCCGUCAUGCUGAUUGGUUGGCUGGCUCCUUUCUUAAGUAUGUUAGUCUUUGAGGCCUUUUUAUGCCAGGCAUAAUCAGUAUAUACUCUGAUUGCCGAGUAUCAUAGUUUUUGAGUCAAAGGGCGUAAAUACCAAAGCUCAAGCAAUUUUCUUCUACCAUUCCUUCUAACAUUUUAUGUUGGUUCAUUACAUAAAAUACACCUUCUGAUGUUUGUAUUUAAAUCAAAUACAUACAUUGUUCCAUCAUUUGGACUUGCCAACUGAAUUGUAUUUCAAAUUGUGGUACUCUACAAUGUGCGAAUAUCUCAAAUUGGCUCCUCGCUUUGACACGAGAUAUUUGAUGGUAAAUGUCUGCGGGCUUUGACGGCAAGUAGCCGGCUCCCCUCCGUCUUUUUCUGGGUGUUAUUUCAGACGGACUUAGACAUAUUGCCUGGUGUGCGAGACGUGACAGUUGUGGUUAGAGGACAGAUGUUGAGACGGGCUCAGCGAGGUCAGGAAACGCACAGCCGCCGGGGCUUGACUGACAGGUUGAUGUGGAGUGUAUCUAAACCCGCUAAAUUACUGAAUCAUGAAGGUUAGACGUCGGAGUUUGAGUUGUGGCGCCGUGCACACGUUCACAGACGCAGCUACAGACAAAUACACAACCUCUGCUCGCUUGAGUCAUGUGAAUGUUUAGUGCUAACAGAACUUAGUGGACUUUUGUAUUUAUUUUUUUUAGUCUGUAGGAAGACCAAAGAGAGAGGAAUCCCCUAAUCAAAUCAGCAGUUUUUUUUCCUCUUUUGCCCGGCUCCAUUAUGCAGCUUCUGCUUCCAUAAAUGAACCGAGACUCAGAGCUAAAUGAAAUGGAAAGGUUUUGAUGCUGAAAAAUUAAGACCUGGCUUUAAUCGUGAGUUAUCGGAGUUGGCGGCAAAUCAAUAGAGCGAAAAUGUAAACUUGUUCCUGCCCAGCCAUGAGGAGUCUCUGUCCUGUAAAAUCAGCUAACGGAGGCAAUGAGUGUUCCGACAUUUCACAUUCAGUGUUUGUCUUUUGUUUGGAAAACGGUACUUUUUUUGGAAUUGUGCAGCUGGUUUGAAAUGGAAAUCGUGAUUACCGUGGUGACACUAUGGAUAUUGAUUAAGUGACAUUUGCUUUAAAGCUGGUACGGUGGCGUCAUAUUGACUGUAAUAAUAAUUUUCCUUGAACUGUGGGAGUUGCCUCUUACGGUCUGGUGUUCCGAGUUAUUGACAGCUUCAGCUUCACAUGUGCUUACAUUACGCAUUUGUACACCAUGUGCAAUAUUGUAUUAAAUAAUAAUCUGUUUUGUUUUAAUUGCCUUCUCCUCCAAUAUGACCUCUGAUGAUAAAUUGCAGAAUAUGUCAAGAAAGUCCAUUUUCCCCUCAAAAGGGGAAAUUACAUGGAGAUUUAGGGUGUAAAAAAAAAAAAAAAAAAAAAAAAAAAAGGCAUUUCCAGGAGAAGGAUAUGUUAAACAU